AUGAAGCUCACCCUGAACCUGCUGCGAUGGAUCCCUUGCUUUGGGGCUACGAAGGUCCUGGAAGACUCCUGCACCCUGGGUUACCCAGAGACCAAGACUGGCUACUCGCCAGAUCAAGGUACAUCGAAACGAACGGCACCGCUCGUCGAAAUUGACAGCACAGAUGACGAGAUGGAGCGCAUUCCUCAGAAGGAAGAGGUGGGGAGCGAGGAGACACUGCCUGAAGAGCAUGUGCAGGCUCCAGGGACGGGAGAGGGGGCUGCGGACUUCAUUGCCGGCAUGUUCCCUGCUGAGGAGCAGGCCAGUGCUCCCUGCAGCGACAGCGAAAAGACAGCGCAACUGGAGGCAGAUUUGGUGGCAGCAAAAGAGGAGUCUGCAGAUAAGGCAGAAGAGAUUGCCAAGCUGCGUACUCAGGUGUCCACAGCAGAAGCAGACAAUGUCAGGCUGGCAGGCUACAUGGCCGACCUGUCAGCAGCGCUGGAGGACAAGGAGGCAGCCAGGAAAUUGGUGGAGAGCCGCAGCGUGGAUCUGCAGCAGAAGCUGACUGCUGCGGAAAGGGAGAUCAGCCAGCUGAAAGCCAACCUGCCAGCACAGGCCCAGCGCAUGUCCCCAGAGGCGAUGCUCAUCUCUGUAGUGAAGUCCUCUGUGCCGAUUCCCACCCACCUGAAGAGGAUCAAGGACCUGGAGCAAGAACUGCGCCGCCAGGCUGAAAAGGCAGAGGCAACGUUGGAAGCAAAAGAGAAGGAGCUGCAGCGGGCCAAGAGCCUUUUCCACAUGCCAGCGGGCACACUGGUCAGCUUCCCAGAGGAUGGGGCCCAGCUGGGCAGCGGCGGGAUGGGGACGGUGUCAGCCGUCACCGUCAGCUUCGCGGCAGCUGCCAAGGUCCCCCACGAUGACAAGGCGCGGGAGGACCUGUGCAAUGAGGCCGCCGCGUACACCGCCAUCGGGCCCCGUGACAACAUCGCGCGGCCCAUCGCGUGGGUGUAUGCGCCGGAAGUGGACAAGGAUGUUCUCCUGGUGGAGCUGGCAGCAGGGAGCCUGCACGGCCUGAUCAGAGAUGAGCCCUUGCUGGAGAGGAGCCUGCUGCUCUAUACUCUGGGGCAGGUGCUGGCAGCAGUGGUGCAGGUGCACGGAGCCAAAUGGCUGCACCGUGACAUCAAGCCCGCCAACUUCCUCUACUUUGACGACGGCAUCAUCAAGCUGGCAGACUUCGGCUGCGCCACCCAGAUCGGCUCUCAGUCACUCGCCCGCUGGAAGGGCACCUUCGGCUUCAUGACCCCGGCGACGGUGCUGGGCGAGGCCAGGGGGAGCAAACUCGAUGACAUCCGCGCGCUGGCCGCCACGAUGUACCACCUGCUGACGGGGCGCGACCUGUACGAUGACCUGGCGGCGCAGUACGAUGCCCUGGACGCCAGCGUGAAGGCUGAGCUGGAGGAGUACGUGCGCGCCAAAAAGAUCUGCACCGAGGUGCACAAGGGCCUCCUGGUGGCGGCGGCUGAGUUCAAGGAGCACAUUGGCCUCAAACAGGUGGUGCCCCUGCUGAGAGACCUGCCGCAGAAGCUGCUGGAAGCCGUGCUGAGCGGCAUCAAACAGCCGCACAACACGUCCCUCGCAGAGAUUGAGGCAGCUCUGGAGGAGGCUCAGGAGGCCUGGGCGGACGAUGCCUCCUGCUUCGAAGAGCCCGGCUGCUCAGAGAGCGACCGCUGGGAUCAGAGCCCGUGCGCCAGCGCAGCCAGCCGCUCCAUCGACCCCUGGGGGCUCUUUGCCGAUGGCAGCCUGUGCAUGGAAGAGCCCAACCUCUCCGGCUGCGGCGCAGAAGAGGCGGCAGAGGGCAAGCUGGGCUCGUGCGGGGACGCCGAAAUCAUCUUCGGGGAUGACGGCGCUCGCUGCGAGGACGACACCGCAGCCGACAUCAUCCUGUUUGAUGACACAGACGACUGCACCCCGGCAACCUGCGCUGCCAAGGAGGGUUCCUCGGCACCGGAAAACGCCUGCUCCGUGGUUGAUGACCCAUACCGCCGGUACUAUGAGUGA